AGGAGGUGGGAAUUACGGCUCGCAUGCCGGUGAUAAGUUUCAGAACAGAGGACGCUGAGGGGUUGGUCCUGCUUCACAAUGAUGCUUUGGUGAUAACAGCGGAGGUUGCGGGCUUUGAUGUGAAGAGGGUGUUCAUUGAUACCGGGUGUUCGGUGAAUGUGAUGUUCUAUGACUGUUUCGUGCAGAUCAAUAAGGAGUUGAAUAUAGAGUUGAAACCGGUUACCACAGCGCUCUGUGGCUUUAAUGGAGGAGAGGUGAUACCGAUGGGUGAGGUAAGUUUGCCGGUGGCGUUAGGAGCGGGAGAGCUGAGGAAGGUGCUGAUGGUGAGAUUUGUGGUCGUGGGAGCUGAAUCAUCUUAUAACAUCAUUAUGGGGCGGACGAGCUUGAAUGCAUUCCAGGCGGUCUUAUCCACGUACCACAUGAUGAUCAAAUAUCCUAUGGGUGAAAACGUUGGGGAGAUUGCUGGGGAUCAACUCACUUCAAGGAGCUGCUACCAAACAACGGUGAACAAUAACAGACAAUUGGCGAAGAGGCAAGCCAAGUCAAAGGAGGAAGAGAUUAAUCGACCAGGCGGGUCGAGGACAAAAGAGGAUAGGCAGAAGGCGGAGAAAGGUAAGGAGAAAGUGGAUAU